GGGCACCUCUUCCGCGUCCGGCCGCACGCCGAAUACGCCUCGCACUUUGUGGGCUUUGCUGACUUUGCGCUCGACGACGACGUGGCUGGCGGCAAGAUGAACCGCGCGUGCCCCGCCAAGAGCCUCGCGCUGGCGAUGGGGAAGGCUUUCUUCACGGCGUGGGAGCAGGAGGAGUGGUGCACCAAGGACAGCCCCGGCUACACCGAGGCGACGCCCUUUGUCGAUCCGUUCACCCUCGUCCGCGGCGUCGUCGAGGGGCGCCGCUGCUCGCCCCGCUGGCCAUGGGAGGAGUCCGAGUGCUGCCGCGGCACGUGCCGCCCCGAAAUCAUUAUCCAAGGCCUCCCCUACGCUGCCAAAUGGGAUGGAAAGGAAGGCUCGGCGAGCGUAUAG